AUGAUAUUUUGUUUUGUGAUAGGUACCGAUCUUGGUAGCGUCUUUAAAGUUGUCGGCAAGGAAGAAACGACCAUUGCGGAGCUCAAAGAUAUGAUCUAUGAGAAGAAUAUGAACGAUUUCAAAGACAAAAAAAUUGAUGCCAACAAGUUGAACCUAUGGUUGGUUGAUAUUCCUUACGAUACAAAUAACUCUAAACUGAGUACACUUCAAAGCAGACGUGAUAUGGAUAAAGAAAAUAUUAUUAUACAAGAACUCGGAGGUAAAAAGUUGUCUCCAGUUGAUGAUAUUGGCGACAUCUUUACGUCUAACUCCAAGAACAUUCGUAUCAUCGUACAACCUCCGGCCACUACUG